AUGACCAAGGAGAUUGAGACCUACUGCGACGUCCUCAUCAUCGGCGCCGGCCCAGCGGGCCUUAUGGCCGCGCGCACGCUCUCCGAGUUCGUCCGCCAGGACCCCUCUCUCAAAGUCCGUAUCGUCGACAAGCGCUCGACCAAGAUCUUCACGGGCCAGGCCGACGGCCUGCAGCCGCGUACGCUCGAGUGUCUCAAGAACCUGGGCAUGCCGCAGAUCUACGAGGCCGCCAAUGACAUGACGACCAUCAACCUGUACAACCCGGACGACAGCGGCAUGAUCCGCCGCACCGACCGGUUCCCGGACACGGUUCCGGGCGUGUCGCGCUACAACCAGUGUGUGCUGCACCAGGGCCUGAUCGAGCGGCACUUCCUCGACUCGAUCCACGAGGUGUCUGAGGGGCGCGUAGCUGUCGAGCGCCCGCUGCUCCCCGAGUCGAUCGAGGUCGACGAGAGCAAGGCCGACGACCCCGACGCCUACCCCAUCACGGUCACGCUGCGCUACCUCGCCGAGGACGAGGCCGACCCCGUGCAGUUCGGGCACAAGGUGUCGAACGGGCUGUUCCGCACCACGCUCACCACCGCCGAGGAGGACGACGCAGAGUACCGCCUGCCCGAGGGCAAGGAGGCGGGCCUCCGCGAAAAGGUGCACGCCAAGUACGUGAUCGGGUGCGACGGUGGCCGGUCGUGGGUGCGCCGCAGCCUCGGCCUCAACAUGGUCGGCGAGCAGACCGACUACAUCUGGGGCGUGGUGGACAUUGUGCCCGAGACCGAUUUCCCGGACGUGCGUGCGCGCUGCGCCAUCCACUCGGCCGAGAGCGGGUCCGUGAUGAUCAUCCCGCGCGAGGACAAGCUCGUGCGCUUCUACAUCCAGAUGCAGGAGCGGGCGGAGCAGGGCGGGCGCGUCGACCGGUCGCAGUUCACGCCCGAGAAGAUUGUCGACUCGGCGCGCAAGAUCAUGGCGCCCUACUACCUCAACUACUCGCGCAUGGACUGGUUCACCGCGUACCACAUCGGCCAGCGCGUCGCGGACAAGUACAGCGUCGCGGAGCGCGCGUUUAUCGCCGGCGACGCGUGCCACACCCACUCGCCCAAGGCCGGCCAGGGCAUGAACGCGUCCAUGAUGGACACGUGGAACCUGGGCUGGAAGCUGGGGAUGGUGCUCACGCGGCGCGCGCAGCGCUCGCUGCUCAAGACGUACGAGUCGGAGCGGCAGCCGUUCGCACAGGCCCUCAUCGACUUUGACCACAAGUUCUCGCGCCUCUUCUCCGGCAAGCCGGCCAAGGAUGUGCUCGACGGCUCGGGCGUGUCGAUGGAUGCAUUCAAGGAGGCGUUCAUGAAGAAUGCCCUCUUCACGUCGGGCACCGCCGUCGACUACGACGAGAGCGCGAUCGUCGCCAAGACCGGCAAGAACGGGAGCGCCGUUGCGUCCAAGCCCGCGCUCGCCCGCAACAUCACCGUCGGCACGCGCCUCAAAUCCGAGCAGGUGUGCCGGCACUCGGAGGGUCUGGCGAUGCACCUCGGCGACCUGCUGUACAUGAACGGCGCGUACCGCGUCCUGCUGUUCGCGGGCAACGCUGCGGCGCCAGCGCAGAUGGACCGCAUCGAGCGCUUCGCAGCGUACCUCGACUCGCCCGAGUCGUUCGUCUCCCGCUUCACGCCGGCGGACUGCAAGCGCGACGCGCUGUUCGAGGUGCUCACGAUCCACUCGAACUCGCGCGACGAGAUCGACAUGCAGGACUUCCCCGCACCCGCACUCUACCCGCCGUUCGACUACGACAAGAUCUUCGCCGACUGCGAGACGUACCACCGCGGGCACGGGCACGCGUACGAGGCCUACGGCAUCGACGCGGAGCGCGGCGCUGUCGUCGUCGUCCGCCCUGACGGGUAUGUCGCGCUCGUGUGCGACAUCGAGGACACGGCCGAUCUCGAGGCUUACUUCUCCGCGUUCAUGGCCGUGCCGGCCAAGCCGCUCGGCGCACAGGCCGAGAAGGACUGGACGUUCACCGCCAAGGCCAAGGCCGAGCGCAGGAAGCGCGCACUCGGCCACGUGCCGGUCGCAAAGGUCGACGCCAAGAGCGGCUUUGCGCAUGUCGAGAACAUUGCUGUGGCUGCGGCAGUGUAG